UGACAGUCACAAUUAAAAAAAAAAACAAAUUUCUGGAACAGCGGUAACGGGUGAAUUACCUGUUAACAUUUUCUAAAUUGUUCCUUAUGGGGUAUUAAAACUGUAAGAAUCCCAUAAAUUUUUUAGUGACCAUUAUGAAUAUCAGCAACUCCCUGUCCGAGUUAAAUAUUAACGAUGAUUCCAUAGAGGCACCAAACUUCCAAUACAUCAACGUUUUCAAGAACCCUAAUAAGUUGCCGAUAACGCAAGUGCAUUUGGAGAAAAAGUGGAGACAGCUGAGGAAAAAGUUGCCCGAGGAUUUGGACAUAAUAAACUGUUCAGGGAAAGACCUUCAAGCUGCUUACUUGGAAGAGAAAACUGAAAUUAUUCCAGCCCUUGAUAAAAGAUGGUUGCCAAAAGGGAGUUUGUCCCAGUGGGUACCAUUUUCAAUUCACCAAAAAGAUGAAGAAAAUGUCACUUUUCUGGCUAAAAAUAUUGUAUACCUUCAAGGUUUAGAAUAUUUAUUGAAUUGUGAUUUUCAUCAGUUUUGGUGUUUGGUUUUGUAUGAACCCUCAGUGACUGUCUCCCUCAGGAGCUUCCUACUUAACCCAGUUCUCCCUUUUCAGUUUAAAUAUUUAGAAAGGGACAAUUUGCAGUUAUUUAAAGCUGUUUUUAAUAAAUUCUUGUUGGUCUAUGAGAAGUUGAUUACAUUUAAAAAGAGCGAGUAUGAAUAUAUGCCAAACUCAUUUGGCUUGUCCAAAAUAAUUGAGAAAAAACUUCUUAAUUUACCUAUUGUGAUAACUCUAGCUGUUGUAUAUAGUCAUAGCAAAUUAGAAUUUGUUAAUAAGAUAGUGGAUAUUUAUUUUAAUAACACUACAGAAAUGGAUUUUCUUAUUAAGGAAGUGGAGACUGUUAUUGAGCAGAAUUGUAUGGUCUUAGAGAUACUUUGUGAUCAAAUAUGUGGCACCAAAGGAUCAGACAGUGUUCCAAUAUCAAUAUUAAACAGACCACCAAUAUUUAGCUUGAAUUGGGUGUAUUCUGUGGGCGACUAUUUGGUGAGCACACUGCUCACUUUAAAUGCCCUAUUUCACUUUUAUAAGCCUGCAUUAGAGUUAGCGCUAGUUAAAGAACUACCAUAUAGGCUGCCCUAUACCUAUGUAAACAUAUAUAGGGAAAUAUAUGAGUUACUGGAUGACAGAGAAGAAACUCAAACAAAUACCACCCUCUUUGGAGCAACCAUUGAUGUUAUAAAUGUAGGCAGAAGGGAAUUUGUGGAACUGUUUCAUUCUUUUAUAUCCAAAUGUCUAGAUGAUGCUUUUCAGUACAUGGACAACGAAUCAAAACAAGAAGGUGUAGUGGAAACUUAUAUGAGUCUACUGACUACUGCCCUAGAAGAAGAUUAUUUUAUCUGUGAUUAUGAUGCGACAUACAAAGUUACUACACAAAACGAAAUUUUGGCGAGCUGUUGCCAAAUGUUGGAUACGACGCGUACGGAUUUUAUAGUGUCGUGCAUAAAAAAGCUGCCGCGCAACAAAAAGUUACAGGAACUGUCCAAAUUGAACCGACAAACGUUAGAGAAUGUUUUUAAAGACUUCAAGCCGCCGUAUGAACCGGAGUAUUUCCAACCGGAUUUAGAAGCGGGAACGUCUACUGCACAAAAUGACAGCGAUAUUGAGGAAAUGAUUCGGGGUAUUGUCGAUAUGUUCCCUCACUUGGGAGAUGGAUAUAUUUAUCAGUGUCUCGAAUCCUACAACUUCAACUCGUCCGACGUGAUCAAUGCGAUACUAGAAAACAAUUUACCGCCACAUUUGGCCGAAAUACCUUUCGAUACUAUUCGGAUACCUCCGGAACCGGAACCUGAGCAACCAAUUUUGGCCUAUAAGGGGAAAAAACCCGAUUACAAUGACGCUCUGACCUUAUUAAACGACAAAACCGACAUUCAAAGUAUUAAAAAGAAGGUGCUGGAAGGAAUCCAGUACAGUACGGAUUACUUGUAUGAUGACGAAUACGACGAUCGGUUUAAUGAUGAUGUGUCUUUACCGGUGGCAGACGAUCCUCUUAAUGGAGAAUUGAAAAUUUUCAAUCCCAACAGGCAAAGUAAGAAACAAGAGGAAUCCGAGAGCGAAGAGGAGCCAUCCGAGAGUGAGAACGCCUCCUCGGACCGUAACAGAUUGAAUUUCUGUGAAGAUCCCGCGGUGCUACGUGAGAGGAGGGAAGCGCGGUACAGACAGAGGAAUCCUAGAGCCGGAAACGGCCAAGAAAAACCUAAAAACGACGUAGUCGGUAAACCAAAAGGCCAAGGUCAAGAGAAGUCAACGCAAUUAAACAGACAAAAGAAGAGUGUCAAUAAGUCAAGCAGGGCGAACCAUAAUAGAAAGGGCGGAGCUACUUGGAAGAGAAGCAGGGGGAUGAUCCCUUCUUAAGUUAAGAAGUUAAAGUUUAAUUAUUACUGUAUUUAUGUUGUUUUCAUGGAAUAAAUGAUUUAAGUUUUUUUUA